AAUAGAACAACACACCAAAGUUAAGGAAAAAAUUACAUCAUCCAUGGAAACAAAAGACAAGCAGUAGGCUAGUUCUAUAUUGCCACUAAGAGUACAGAUUUCACGUCAAAACUAAUAACAAUCACGAGUAAUAGAGAGAAAACAACUAUAACAACAUAAACAAACAGCUACUCAAGACCUAAUCUACAAAAACUGCUCGAAAAUAUCUCCCAUAUCGUCGUCCAUACCGCAGACAGGCGUAUCUGACAAAAAAUCAAAUUCGAGUUAACGGAUUCAAAUCAACAAGAAUACAUAUGAUGUUUUGUCUGAAUUGAGUCACACCUCAUCUGAAAGCGAUUCCUUUGCUGCAGUCGAGAUUUAUAAUCCGGAAGAUCCGGACUAUCAUCAAACUUUUGAAGUUAAAAGCUGUAAAGGAGAUGUGUUCACUUCCUGCUUUCAAUGCUAAAUUUUGCUAUGUUGGAAGCAUUUUGAAGAUGAUACCCUAUCCUGCCAGGACGGACACAGGACAGUACAGAGCAGUGUACUUAGCAAAGAGAAACAGGAAGAGAGGCGCCCUGAAGAUUUUUUUGUAGAAGUUUCCCAGGCAGAAGGUGAUAGGAAAAAAAGUCAGAGAAGAUAAGAGAAGAAUU